AUGUGGCAUUAAUAGAGAUUGAUCAAGGAAUAGGUAGCAAUUUGAUUUUAGCCUUUUAAAGAAAAUAGAUAGAUAGCGCUGCAAAUUCAAAAUUAAAGAAAAAACUUAUGAAAUGACCAAAAAGCCCCUGAAGUGUAACAAGCUUUUCUUCCCCUCCUCUCCCAAUUCUUGAAAAAUUGAGUUAGUUCUGCAAAAACAGUAGGGAAAUCAUAAAUGAGCAGAAAUGGAUGGUGAAGAAAGCAACUACCUCCAAAAAAUCCAUCAGGAAGACAUCAUCUGCAACUCGAUGCAACACCUCUCCACCGCCUCCGACCCACUUCCCUCCGCCAAGAGACACUCUGCUCUAUACCGUUCAUCUCUUCUAGAACCCCUUCCCAAAAGGCCCACUCUCAGCCCCCCUUCCUCCAUCUAUUCUCCGCCCACCAUCACCAAUUCCGCGGCGGCGCCUCCACAAUUCUCGGAAAUUCCUCCAAUCAAGAACCAUCCGAUGUCGACUGUAAGUGUCGAUCAAGAAUCUGAAUCACACCCGCUUCAAGAAAUUGCGCCAAUUUUCGCUCCGGUCCCCCUCUUCAACCAGAUCGCCGGUACCCCGCCACGCCCACCUGCCAAGAGGGACUUUUUCAGGUCUCCCGCCUCCGGCGAGAAUCCCACUGCAAAGAAGUUGAAGAGGAUGAAGGAGCGGCUAAGAGAGAUGAGAGAGUGGUGGAAUCAAGUCGCCACCGAAGACGAGGACGAGGAGGAGUGCGAGGAAGAAACGCAAAAUCCGUCACAAGAAGCCGUGUUUGUGGAGAAGAGUGGAGAAUGCCUAGUCCUACAUUUCAAGUGCCCAUGUGGUGAUGGCUACCAGAUUUUGCUUUCUGGCAACAACCUCUACUACAAGCUCACAAAUUUCCGAGACCGCUGAGAUGGAUUGAUCGAACAUCUUCCCACGAAAUCUUUGAUCUAGACCUCAUACAUAACUUGUGAUUAGCUUGGCUGUGCAAAGAAUUUUUCUAGGAUACUCUGAUUCAAUGCCAAUUAUUUUGCUUGCUUA